AUGCGCAAGACAGAGCAUGGAGUCAAAGCACACUGCAUGCACAAUACAGAGCAUGGAGUCUAUGCACACUGCAGGCGCAAUACAGAGCAUGGAGUCUAUGCACACUGCAGGCGCAAUACAGAGCAUGGAAUCUAUGCACACUGCAUGCGCAAUACUGAGCAUGGAGUCUAUGCACGCUGCAUGCGCAAUACAGAGCAUGGAGUCUAUGCACACUGCAUGUGCAAUACAGAGCAUGGAGUCUAUGCAUGCUGCAUGCGCAAUACAGAGCAUGGAGUCUAUGCAUGUUGCAUGCGCAAUACAGAGCAUGAAGUCUAUGCACGCUGCAUGCGCAAUACAGAGCAUGGGGUAUAUGCACACUGCAUGUGCAAUACAGACAGAAUUAGUAAGGCAACCUGGCACACCAUGUUCUGA